UGCGAACCAGCGGCGGUACAUGCUGAUGGAGCAGCUCAAGCAGAUCAAGAAGGAGCUCGGCCUCGAGCGGGACGACAAGGACGCCCUCCUCCAGAAGUUCGCCGACCGGAUCAAGGAGCUCAACGUGCCCGAGGAGGCGAGCAAGGUCAUCGACGAGGAGAUGGCGAAGAUCGGCACGCUCGAGUCGGCGUCCUCCGAGUUCAACGUGACGCGAAACUACCUCGACUGGCUCACCUCCCUCCCGUGGGGCAUCCACUCGGAGGAGAACUUUGAGCUCUCCCGCGCCGAGAAGAUCCUCGCGGAGGAGCACUACGGUCUCGAGGAUGUCAAGGAGCGCAUCCUCGAGUUCAUCGCGGUCGGCGCCCUCGUCGGAUCGACUCAAGGAAAGAUCAUCUGCUUCGUCGGCCCGCCCGGCGUCGGCAAGACGUCGAUCGGCAAGUCCAUCGCGCGCGCACUCGGCCGCGAGUUCUACCGCUUCUCCGUGGGCGGCCUGACCGACGUCGCCGAGAUCAAGGGCCACCGGCGGACGUACGUGGGUGCGAUGCCGGGCAAGCUGAUCCAGUGCCUCAAGGCGACGGGCGCCGCGAACCCGGUGGUGCUCAUUGACGAAAUCGACAAGCUGGGCCGCGGCUACCAGGGCGACCCCGCGUCGGCGCUGCUCGAGGUGCUCGACCCGUCGCAGAACGCGUCCUUCAUGGACCACUACCUCGACACGCCCGUCGACCUCUCCAAGAUCCUCUUCCUCUGCACCGCCAACGACUCCGGCACGAUCCCCGGCCCGCUGCUCGACCGGAUGGAGGUGGUGCGCCUCUCGGGGUACAUCCUCGACGAGAAGAUGCAGAUUGCGAACCAGUACCUCAUCCCCGCCGCGAAAAAGCAGAUGGGCCUCGAGGAGGGCACGAUGCAGCUGCCCGACGACGCGAUCGCCUCGCUCAUCCGCUGGUACUGCCGCGAGGCCGGCGUGCGCAACCUGCAGAAGCACGUCGAGCGCAUCUGCCGCAAGGUCGCUCUCAAGCUCGUCGACUAUGUCGGCAAGCCGAAGUUCAUCGACGAGCGCACGCUCGCGUGGACCUCGAUGGGCGGGGCGGUGCUGUACGUGGAGGCUGAGUCGUCGCUCAUUGCGCACACGUACGCGCGCAAUUUUGUCGCCGCGCGCGAGCCGUCGAACCGGCUGCUGGAGCGAACUCCCAUCGCGCUGCACGUGCCAGAGGGGGCGACGCCAAAGGAUGGGCCGUCCGCCGGAGUGACGAUGGUGACAGCGCUCGUCUCGAUGGCGAGGGACGCAGCGCCUCGCACCGACGUUGCGAUGACUGGGGAGGUGACUUUGACGGGCCGCGUGCUGCCGGUCGGGGGCAUCAAAGAAAAGGUGAUUGCCGCGCGCCGCUCCGGAGUGAGCCACAUCGUGAUGCCAAAGGCCAACGAGCGCGAUUUCGUCGAGCUGCCAGGCAACCUGCAAGCCGGGAUCACGGCGCACUUUGCCACCACCUACGACGACGUCUACGCGGUUGCUUUUGCGGACGACUUGCCCGCCCCGUCGCCAGCGGCGGCAGGGGCAUGAGGGUGGUCUUGGUUCGCGGCUCGCUCGUCUCCGCUCCCGGCGCGCGCGCCCGGGUGUGGAUUCGCUCGACACGGCAUGAUCCACACAUUAUGUAUGUAUUAAUGUAUGAGAUACAUUAUGAGUGUCGAGUCGUCUGUCGAGAUUUUUUUGCAAUUUUAGGACUAUUUAGUCUU